AUGCCAAAGGAAAUUGACACAGGCAAGAAGGAGUACUUUAUCCCGCUCUAUGUUGAACGUUUGCAGAAUUAUGUUGGCCUUGAUGGUGACAACGAUUUCUCCGUCGUCGGUGGUGGUCAUCCAGGCGACUAUCCGUCGGGAGCCGGCAACAGCACAGUCCUCGACGUUCGGCAAAAGGUUGCGCCCUCAUUGGACUUUGUCAUGCCCGAUGUCACCCUGGAUGACGGGCUACAAAAUCGUUUACCAAAGCACUACGGAUUCCUAAAGUCCGUCUCCCGGCUCGCCCUCGAUGCCCAGACGCGGCUUGGCUCCUCGAUCGGGCUAUGCUUUGACGAGCUAGCGGCCGAUGGCACCGACUCCUCCAAGUCGGUGAUCCAAAAAUGGGGCGGUUAUGAAAUCACCAUCGAGCGCUGA